AUGUUUGCCGCAACACAGGCGCUGGGAUGGGCGCUGUUCAGCUCAUCCCUGAUCAGUGUCAUCUACCUGAUCUCCUUAGCCGCUCGGGGGAUGGCUUACUGCAUCCGCUGCUGGGUGUUUGCCACCGGCUCCGCCAUGCUCGCUUCCCAGCUGUUCUUGGGCAUAUCCAUAUGGAUGUUCAAGGACGACAUCCGCUCCGGCAUAAAGGCUGUGCAGCAGCCCAAGGCGACGGCCGCGGCAGCCGCGGCGCGCUCGAGCAUUUGGAUCCCCAUCCUGAUGAUGUACCUCCCCGUCCACAUCUUCUUCGCGGCCCUUUUCGCCACCUUUGCGGUGGUGCCGGCCGCCUAUGCGAGCGCCAUCUGGAUCGGCGGCUGCCUUGUGUACUACCUCAGCACCGUCUUUGGCGAGCCUGAGCAUACAGGGAGGCGGGAAUGGCCCGCAUUUAAGGACUGGUUCACGAGGAACCUGCAGCCGGCGCUGAAUGCCUGGAUGGGUACUGUGGACGUGGUCUACGAUGGUGAUGUCCCUCUGGACCCUUCCAAAAAAUACGUGUUCGGCUACGCUCCCCACGGCCUCUUCCCAAUAGGCGGCCCGUACCUGCCGCUGCUGCCAGGGUUCAGGAAGUUGUUCCCAGGGAUCCACCCCACACCCCUGGUGGCCUCUGUUCUGUUCUUCACCCCCAUCAUCCGUGACUUUGUCAGCUGGUGUGGCGUGCGGCAGGUGGCACGGAGGACGUUUGUGAGGGCGCUAAGAGAGAGGAACUCCGUCAUACUGGUGCCCGGAGGCCAGGCGGAGCUCAUACACACCGGGCGCCUCUUCACCAGCAAGGAGUUUGUGAUCUACCCCAGGCAUAAGGGUUUUGUGCGGCUAGCUGCGCAGCACGGAGCCUCCCUGGUGCCUGUUCUGGCGUUUGGGGAGCUGAACACUCUGAGGAAUUUUGUUGACCUCCCAGCACUGCAGGCGUGGACCUAUAAGAAGCUGGGUUUCCCAAUUCCUUAUCUGGUGGUUGGCCGGUGGGGAAUGACGCCCUUCCCCAGCAAGACUGCCCUCAAGUUCAUAGUGGGUUUGCCCAUUGCACCACCAGACAUCCCCCUUGGCGGAGAGGUCACUCAGAAGCAGGUGGCUGUAAUGCACAAGGAGUUCUACGAGUCCAUUGAGAGGAUGUACCAUAAGUACCAGCCCAGCUUCCCAGCCUACAAGGAUGUCAAGCUAGUCAUGCUGUCCCACUGA